UACUUUGUGUGAAAUUGCGCAAACUCAAAAAAUGAUGAAUCGAUACCACUUUGAAGUGUCUAAUUAUUCCUCCACAAUGUUCAAGCCCCAAGUUCUGGGACAUUGGUGCAUAUGGCGGAGGCGCACUAAUGGAGGUCCGAGGUGAAAUUGAAGGAGGCGAUUUGGACCUAGGUCUCUACACAUCGUAGGCGGGUUUUCUCCCUGUUCAAUUGCCGGUCUGUAAACGACAUUGCGCGGUUCUGAUAAAAAUCAGUUCCAUUGUUCGACGUGUCUUCAAGCGCGCUCCCGUCAAGCAGUUAGUCGACUGCACCUGUGUGAGAGGACGAGGAGACACCUUUCAUUUCACCAUUGACAGUUUCCCCCUCAUUAAAUAAUUGUUUACUGAAAUAACCAUACACAUACCAAUUACCCAGUUGAUACACUUUUACUCGAAUAACAACUGUUUUCCUUGCCCUGUCACAACAACAUAGCAGCUAGCUAGUUACUGUAGCAUAGGACGAUCUGAGGAAACCUUUCAGAUUUCUUCAAGUCUUGAUUUCCACGUCUGACUCUGACACCACACUACUAUCUGUUCUAAGCAAAGGUCAGGAACACUCCCUCAGAAAACAUUUCACUAGUGACCAUUCAUGAACAAAUCAGCAGCAUGAUGAAACACACACACAGCUGGUGCCAGACACCCCCCUCAGUCACGGUGAGAAUCAAACCCAACACAGCACACACCCUCCAGAUCAAGAGAGGCCUGAGGCUGAAGAGACCCAACCUGCAAGUGGCCCAGGGGCCUCCGGGCAAGAGUCAACCCAGCCAAAGUCAUGUUGAGGCCGCAAAGGGCAAAAUCAUAUGGGGCCCGACACUUGUCAUUCAACGAGAAGAGAUGGCAGCCUUCUUCAGACUUUUUGAUGACGAUUUGAUACAAGACUUUCUGUGGAUGGACUGCUGUUGCAAAGUCACAGACAAGUACCUUCUAGCCAUGGCGUUUGUCUACUUCAAGAGGGCUCGCUUCAGUAUUGGCGAGCACAACAGAACAAACUUUUUCAUUGCACUAUACCUAGCCAACACCAUGGAGGAGGACGAGGAGGAGAGCAAGUACGAGAUCUUCCCAUGGGCGCUUGGCAAGACCUGGAGGAAGCACUUCCCUCGCUUUCUCAAGCAGCGGGACAAGCUGUGGGCUCGCAUCGAGUACCGGGCUGCCGUCAGCCGCCGCUGCUGCGAGGAGGUGAUGGCCAUCGUGCCUACCCACUUUAUCUGGCAGCGGGAGCGCGCCGAGCACCACAGUGGCGCUCAGCGGUUCUACAUUGGUGACCGGGAGAAGGUUCACAUGCCCCGUGGGCCCUCCGCCUCACCCGCACCCUGUGCCCUCUGCGCCAAGAGCUCCGGCCUGGGCCUCUCUUCCUCCUCGGCCUCUGGAUCCUCAACCUCUCUUACCCCCUCCUCGUCCUCCCCGCUACCCUUUGCCCUGGCCCUCUCCCUGGAGACUACUCCACCCAGGUCCCAGGUUUCAUCCUCCCGCAGACCGGGCCAAAGAAAGACCAAGGCCCAGCGCCCCUGCUGCUGCACAGAGGAGGCCCCAAGUGAGUGCAGGUGUUGGUUACAGGACGGCUGUGCUAUGGUUAAUUUCUUAAUCAUAAUUUGGAAGCAAAAGGAUGACAACAUAUUGAUUGGCAAGGCUUGCUUGAAGUUACAUUAAAAUAGAAUCAAUGUAGAGUGACAUCAGCCAAGUUUUAACUUAUGUUCUGAAGUAAAACACCCAGCAACGAUUUGUUAGACACUCAAGUUAUCUAGCUCCUUUAACAACACUCAUGUCUUAGCUAACAAUUUGAAUGUGUUUCGUCAGGGAACGAGUCUUAUUGUGGAGCAGGACACGACCCGUCUAUGGACUGGAUCAACGAGGAGUAGAAUAGUACUACAAAAACCAACUCAGGACUAUAUUUCCCAACCCUAGUCCUGUGAAGCAUAUAUUUAGUUUUCAUAACAUCUAUAGAAUGCCAAUUUACUGCUCUACCUCGAUUAGGUGGUUUAAAUGGAAACUAGCAUUCACAGGGGAAUGAAUCCUAUCUUGAGGAUUUGUGUAACUCGAGUGUAGUUGUCUCAUUUAUCAAGUUAGGAAUUGGUUCAGGGCUUCUUUGAUCAGGGUUUAACUUUAGAUAAAGGCAUGUAACAUUUCCCUCAACUGUCCUGACACAUGUCAUGAAAUGUAAAACAUUCGCUUCACAUUGUUCUGUGUAUACUUUUUAUGUACAAGGACUUAAGUCAAACUCUCGGGGCCUCUGUGCUAUUAUUCCUUAAAGGUGGACACUCUUAACAGAACUGAUUAAUCCCUCAAAACACUUAUUUAUUUGCUAUAGCACUUCAAGGUCUUGCACAUUGGGUGGGAACUGUUGACUAAUUCCUUAAAUAUGAAUCAGCUGGAAGGAUCUGUACAGCAUUUGAUCCAUGAGUGAAGGCUUGGGUAUGUUCUGUGAUACUGACAAUAAAGGCUUAUGUCCCCCUUA